GCGUCCCUCCCCUUGUGACCUCAGCUCCAUCUCCAUGGACACAGCUCCAAACACACCCCAGCGGCUGCCGGAGGCGCUGGGACCGGGGAAAACCUGACAGAGGGAAGUUUUUCAGUUUGAUCGGGAAAUGGCAUCCAAAACAACGAAGGGCAAGGAUGGAGAGGCACCAGAAGAAACAAGUGAGCCAGAAGAUCCUGUCCAGGAGAGGAGACUGUACCUGCAGGAGGAGGGCAGGACCCUCACACAGCACCUGCACACGUACCUGGGCAGAGCCGAGCAGCUCCUGCGGGCAAACCAACGCCUGGAGAAGGCAGCGCAGGGCGCUCGGGAGCAGAGCCAGUCUCACCUGUCCUGCGGGGCAAAGCUCAGCCGGGACCCCCCGGCCGUGCUCAUCACCCUGAGCGAGCAGAACCGCCGGGACCUGGCCCAGAGCCGGGCGCAGCAGGAGGAGCUGGUGCCACGCUACGCGGGCAGGGAGCAGGAGGUGAGGAGCGCCCUGCAGGACACCGAGGCCCAGGAGCAGCUCCUGGACACGGAGCUGCAGCAGCUGGAGCCCUGCAAGGAGCACAAGGUGCGGGCGGAGCAGAAGGUGAAGGCGCUGCAGAAGGAGCUGCGCGUCACCAGGAUCCGCUGCGCCGAGGAAAGCCGCGCCGCCAGGAGCAGGUUCCUGCGGGGAAAGGCCGGCUGCGAGCAGGAGCUGCAGCGCAGGAUGCAGGAGCUCACCCGGGGCGCGGAGCAGGUGGCGCUGCGGGCUCUGUUCCAGCACGUGGAGCAGGUGAAGGCGGAGAACAGGCUCCUGCGCCGGGAGCUGCUGGGCCGCCUGCAGCACUGCCGGCUCCUCAGGGACGCCAGGGUCCGCCUGCAGGAGCAGCAGGAGCAGCUGCUGCGGGAGAGCCGCUGUGCCCAGGGGACGGCUCUGCCCGCAGCAGCCGCAGGGACAGCCUGCCCUGCUCGCCCGCCAGGACGGGCCACUGACCCCACACAGCCGGCCUGGCCUGCAGGAACCCAACGUGGAAGCGACCAAAAAAUCCUUUGGCAGUGCAAGCACGCGGGGGUUUGAGCUCUUGGCACAAGGAUCUGUAAAAUACAUUUAUGGGCUGGGUCCGUAUCGAUGUUCUCCUGUCUCAGGGCGGUGGCGGCUGCCCCGUCCCUGGAAGGGUUCCAGGCCAGGGCUGGAGGGGUCUGGAGCAGCCUGGCCCAGGGGGAGCUGUCCCUGCCCAUGGCAGUGGGGAGAGACUGGGUGGGCUUUCAAGUCCCUCCAGCCCAAACCAUCCCAUUAUUCCAUGAAAUUGUGGCUCUCAGUGCCAAUGGCUCCUGUGAGAGAGACCUGUGCCCGCAGCAGCAGCUCCUGGGCUCUGCAGCAGGGACCAUCCCCGGGAGCUCUGGUGUCACUGGGAGCAGGAGCUGGAGCUGGAGCUCUGCUCCAGGCUCUGCCUGAGGUCCAGGAAUGAACUGUCAGAGCAACAGAGGCUUCCCUGGCCACUCCCCACACGGCUGCCAGGGAAAAGCCUGGCACGAGGAUCCAUAAAAUACAUUUAUGGACCGUGUCCAUAUCGAUGUUCUCCUCCUGUCUCAGGGCAGCGGUGUCUGCCCGGUCCCGGGCCGUGUCCCGGGCCGUGUCCCGGGCCGUGUCCCGG